CUCCGCCUCCGCCUCCGCCUCCCCACGCUGCGGUCUGCGUCUAUAAAUACGACUCUCCCGGCGGGUCUUCUGCCCGCCCGCCUCCUGUCUUGCCCAGCAGCACGACAGCAGGCAGCUGCGUGCGCCAUUGCACACCUCCGGCCGGCUGCUGCCGUGCUGCCGCCGCCGCGCAUCUGUCCUCGUCCCCGCAAAUCGCCUUGUGCCUCGUCCCACAUACGUAAGGUGCUUGGUUGCAGGUUUGGCGCCUCCGUACAGGCGGUGUGCCGCUCGUGUUUGCUGAUGUUCAUCUAAUUGUAUCGCCGGGGGGAAAGAGUAAUUGUCAAGGCAAGUAAAGGGAUAGAUUGGAGGCCAUUAAUCACGGUUCAGAAAUAGCUAUUGAAGCGGCAAGAUGGUUAAUUUUGGAAAGAAAUUGAUGGUAGAUCAAGUAGAAGAAUGGAAAGGAUACUACAUCAAUUACAAAUUGAUGAAGAAAAUGUUAAAGCAAUAUGUUGAACAGACCCAACAUGGUGGGAAAGAUUGUGAACGCGUUCUUAAAGAGUUUUCAAGGAUUCUUGAUGACCAGAUUGAAAGGAUCGUACUUUUUCUGCUACAACAACAAGGCCAUCUUGCCGGUAGGAUUGAGGAAUUGGGAGAACAAAGCACUGCUCUUCUAGAACAGUAUGAUAUAUCACAAGUUUCUCAGCUACGUGAUGCAUACAGAGAAGUUGGGUUUGAUCUUAUAAAGCUUCUCCGCUUUGUCGAUAUGAAUGCUACUGGUAUACGGAAGAUACUAAAGAAAUUUGAUAAGCGCUUCGGCUACAAGUUUACAGAUUAUUAUGUAACCACUCGUGCAAACCACCCUUAUUCUCAGCUUCAGCAAGUCUUUAAGCAAGUGGGAAUUGUAGCUGUAGUAGGUGCAUUAUCGCGCAACCUUGAGUAUCUGCAACACCAUGAAGGAAGCUUUGUAUCCAUCUAUGAUCAUCCAGCAGUUACCUUGAAGGAUCCUGUUAUAGACCAAGUAAACCAUGCAGUACAGAAACUUACACAUGCCACGAAUUUUUUGCAAUUUUUGGGCCAACACUCACUUAUUGUCCAGGAAGAUGCACAAAGCGGGUCGGAGGAUCUUGUUGAUGACCAGAACUACCAUUUCAUGUCUCUAAUACUUAAUCUAGUGAACACGUUCCUUUACAUGGUGAAUACAUAUAUCAUUGUGCCGACUGCAGAUGACUAUGCAGUAAGCCUUGGGGCAGCUGCAACUGUCUGUGGUAUAAUUAUAGGAUCAAUGGCAGUCGCUCAAGUGUUCUCCUCAGUCUACUUCAGUGCCUGGUCAAAUAGGUCCUACUUCAGGCCUCUUGUAUUCAGUAGUAUUAUGCUGUUUCUCGGAAACCUGCUAUAUGCAUUGGCAUAUGAUCUGAAUUCACUAAUAGUUCUCCUGAUUGGACGACUACUAUGCGGGUUAGGCUCUGCAAGAGCAGUGAAUCGUCGCUAUAUCAGUGACUGUGUGCCUCUCAAGAUGAGGCUACAAGCCUCUGCCGGAUUCGUUAGUGCUAGUGCUCUUGGCAUGGCAUGUGGCCCUGCUCUUGCUGGUUUUCUCCAGACAAAAUUCAAGAUAUUUUCGCUCAAUUUUAAUCAGAGCACAUUACCUGGAUGGGUCAUGUGCAUUGCUUGGCUUAUUUAUUUGCUGUGGCUGUGGCUUACAUUCAAGGAGCCAGAACACUUUACUAAAACUGUUGUCAGUGAACAGCCGUCAGAAUCCAGUCACCAAGGAAAUGCUAACUUGGAGGAAGGUUUAGCUCAACCAUUGCUUAUAGGUACAGAACGAAGGCAGGAUGAGAACUCGGAGGACAAUGAUGAUAAUGAAGUAGCCUCGCAAAACUCUCAUGAACCUGCAACAUCAAUUGCUUCAGCAUACAGAUUGCUGACUCCAUCCGUGAAGGCCCAGCUAUUGAUAUACUUUAUGCUCAAGUACGCUAUGGAAAUUUUACUCUCUGAGUCAAGCGUUGUCACUACAUACUAUUUUAGCUGGUCUACAAGUGCUGUGGCCAUCUUUCUAGCGAUUCUUGGAUUAACGGUUCUUCCAGUAAAUGCCAUUGUUGGAAGCUACAUUACAAAUUUGUUUGAGGACAGGCAAAUUUUGUUGGCAUCUGAAGUCAUGGUUCUCAUUGGUAUAAUCAUGAGUUUUCGCUUCACACCUCACUACUCCAUUCCGCAAUAUGUCAUUUCAGCUCUCAUCACAUUUGUAUUUGCUGAGGUGCUUGAAGGAGUGAAUCUGUCCUUGCUUUCACGAGUAAUGUCGUCAAGGCUUUCCCGAGGGACCUACAAUGGUGGACUCCUCUCAACAGAGGCUGGGACUUUGGCCCGUGUGAUUGCAGAUGCCACAAUUACCGCAGCAGGUUACCUAGGCACGGACCUCCUCCUCAACGUCACUCUUCUGCCACCUCUUGUGAUCUGCAUACUCUCCAUCGCUGCAACACUCUACACGUACAACACGCUCUACUGAAGAGGCAUGUUUAUUCCCUUGUAGCUAUACAGCAAUGAUCCUUGUUAAAACGAUUCAUGGGUUUGCAUAUUUGUUCAAGCAUGGUUUGUAAACAUUCAAUGAAGUGUAUUUGUAACAUUUAUUGUAUUCAAUCAUUGCAUUACGUAAAGAUUCAUCCUGUAAA